AUGAAUACAUUUUCUGGUCCUGUUGCAGAUUCAAUGGAUAAGACAUGGGUUAAGCUACAUAGGAAAAGCACCGAGUAUAAGGUCGGACUUCAAAAUUUCAUCAGAAACUCCCUCAUUGUGGCUUCCCACGAGGGCAAGAUUAAAUGCCCUUGUCAAUUAUGUGCUAAUCGUUCUUGGCGGAGCCCUGGUUUGGUGUACAAACACUUGCAAGCUGAGAAAAUGUCUCCAGAUUAUGAAGAUGGAUUGUGGGAUGAACAUGGUGAAGCUUUACCCAAUCCCGUAUUCUUGGAUGAAAUCGAAGAUGAAAUCGAGGACCAACCUGAGGUCAAUCUAGACAUGAAUGAUAUGUUGACAGAUGCAUUUGCAAAUAACAGUCCUCCUGGUUCACCCUACAUUGGAGAUGAUGGUGCAACCAUGAACACUGCACCUCCAGAAGUACAAAGAUUUUACAACUUGAUAAAUGAGGCUAAUGUUGAUUUGUAUCCCGGUUCAACAAAGAUGAAAAAAUUGGAGUAUCUAGUGCGCUUGUAUCAAAUCAAGUGUUUGGGAGGAAUCUCUGACAAGGCUCUUUCACUGCUACUGAAAUUGACCAAGUCAAUACUUCCAGAUGGUGAGACACUACCAGACAGUUUCUAUAAAGCCAAAAGGUUAAUCUGUGAUCUUGGAUUAAGUUAUGAAAAAAUUGAUGCUUGCCCCAAUGAUUGCAUGAUAUAUUGGAAAGAUACUGCCAAUCUUGAUAAGUGUCAUACUUGUGGUACAAGUAGGUACCUGUAUGAGACCAUUGAAGAUGGCAUAACGACAAGAAAAGUUUCUGCAAAGGUUUUAAGAUAUUUUCCUGUGACACCGCGUCUUCAGCGUCUAUUUAUGUCAAGAUGUACCUCCAAUCACAUGACAUGGCAUGCAACUGAUCGACCUAUAGAUGGAAGAAUGAGGCAUCCUGCUGAUUCACCUGCUUGGAAAGAAUUGGACAGAUUGUAUCCCUCAUUUGCACAAGAAGUGCGUAAUGUCAGGUUAGGCUUAGCAAGUGAUGGUUUUAAUCCAUUCGGUAAUAUGAGUUCAGCUCACAGUAUUUGGCCCGUUGUUUUAACAGUUUACAAACUCCCCCCAUGGCUUUGUAUGAAGCAACCAUACAUGCUUUUAUCACUUGUGAUUCCAGGUCCCAAAGCUCCAGGGAAUGACAUUGAUGUGUUCUUGGCUCCCUUGAUUGAUGAACUAAAGUCCUUGUGGGAUGUUGGAGCUGCCACAUAUGAUGUGAUUUCAAAACAAAGUUUCACUAUGAGGGCGGCACUAUUAUGGACUAUAAAUGAUUUUCCGGCAUAUGCUAAUCUAUCUGGGUGGAGUACUAAGGGUAAGAUGGCUUGUCCUCAUUGUGGUGAUUACACCGAUUGUUUAAGGUUAUACUAUGGGAAAAAGUUCUGCUACAUGGGACAUCGUCGAUUUCUUCCAAUCAACCAUCGGUUCCGCAGCCAAAAACGACCUUUUAAUGGAAAACAGGAACAUAGACCCCAUCCUAUACCAAUGACUGGUUUGGAGUGUCUCUUUCAGUUGUCUACACUACAGUUCAAGUUUGGAAAAGCUACUGCUAAACCUCCUAGGAGACGUAAAGGGGAUGCACCACCAUACAACGGACCUUGGAAAAAGGAGAGCAUUUUUUUCCAAUUGCCAUAUUGGAAGGACUUACUCAUUCGACACAACUUAGAUGUGAUGCAUAUUGAGAAAAACAUAUGUGAUGCUGUUCUUGGAACUUUGUUAGGAAUUGAUGGCAAGAACAAGGAUAGUAUCAAGGCCUCCUGA